UUCCUCUUCAAAGUCAUCUGUUAAUGAAACCCAUAAACCUGCUCAAGUACCCAAUGACACGGUUCCCAAUGAUGAUGAAGGGUUCACGCUCGUAGAACGAGGACGGAACCGGAAAGACUCUGUUACAAGAUUUGGUGAAAGGCGACAAGUUAAUCUUCAAUCCUUAGGGCAUUUGAAACAAAGAAGCACAUCUAACUCUAAAACGCUCAUCACAUCCAAAACUCGCACACUUAAAGGAAUCGCGUAUGAAAAAACUCAGACCCUAUAUUUGGAAAAUGUAGGGGUUGAAUAUGGUGACACGGAUAGUGAAAUUGAAGACCUCGUUAGGGAACACAUCAAAUCAAACAUUGGCAUAAACGUCACGAAAAUGUAUGUUGUGCGAAAUAAAUAUUCGACGAUUCGCGUAGGGAUAAAACUCAUAGUUCCCCAAUCUGCAGCCAACAAGGCGAUAGAAUCUGAUGCAUGGCCACAUCCUGUAACGUGCCGUCCGUGGGAAUAUAAACCGAGCUCACGUGGAAAACGCAUCCCUCCCCACAUCACAUACAGGUCAAACAGAUAUCGUGACGAACAGGACCCAAGCUCAUAUGCAUAUGAUGAAGAUUACAUUAACAACGACGAUGCCUACUAUAGUGACAUACGCGACUCUACUAAAAAUUACGAGUCACGAUUACAUAAAUACUCUCUGCGAGCAACAGAGAAUAACUGUUCAUAUUAAUUUUUACAACUCAAGUCAGG